GUAAAGAGUUCAAACUUUUAGUCUCACCCACCCAUGAAAUUACCUUUCUACCCCUCUAACUAAACCAUACCCCUCCUCAUCGGAAUCUAUGGUGGAUGACUACAAAACCACAUCCCCUAAAAUAGUCAUACAAGAGGGGUUUAACUUUUAAAGCAAUCAAUCAAUCUCAUACAUUUCUUCAAUUCACUUUUCACAUCAAUCUCAUCACAAUUACUUCAUGUUCUUCAUCUCAAUUUUGAAAUUUCAUCACUAAAUUUUAUUGUAAUCCUUCAGGACAGUUACGUGAUGCAUACGAAUCAUUAAAACCUAAUUUCAGACAGGUCAAUUGUGGACUUUAUUGCCGUAGAUUAUUUGUGGACAAGCUCUUGUUGUUCAGAUAUUAAAUGUCUGGUUCAUAAAUGGCAAUUAUGUAUGUGAUUCAUCUGGUCCUUAGAAUAUGUCUAUUCAAGUCAUGAAAAAUAAUAAGAAUAAUAUACCGGUCAGUGGUUCGUUUGAUUGACGAUUGAUCUCUUAUUAGCAUGCAUACUUAAGAUAUGGUGUUGAAGAAGAGGAUAUAUGAUGGAGGAUUUCAUGGUUUACUGCCUCCAGUGAUACCUAAAGCUCCUAGAUCCUUGAGGAAGCGGUGUUUACGCAACAAGUCAUCCGCAGAUGGGGAAAUUAGCGGUUUUGAGUUAUUAGCCGCUGUGGCCGACAAGUUGUUACAGGAACAGGAGAGUGAAAGUUCUACUUCGAGUGUUGGUUCGAAAGGAAAGGGACCAAUCGGCAUUCAUGAAGAAGGUGCCAAACAUGAACCCCUUGAAGUCAAUGUCGACGUCAAGGUCAACUCUGUGAUACCGGAUCAUCAUGAUCCCGCCAGCGGUGCAGAGAGCGAGCUUGUUGCUCAACCUACUAAUCUAGACCCUCGUUUAAAAGAAUCACCACAUUCCGAGAAUGAUUCUGGUUCAGAUCAUGCUUCUAUUGUUACAAAUUCUGGUUUCGUAAAAAAAGUCAACACUAGUUUAAUAAUGGAAGCCAUUGAAGACAAACCGCGUAAUAUGUAUGAUGUUAGCGUUGGUUAUAAUAGAGAUGAAAUACAUCCCGUGGCUGUAGAGAAACAAAGUGGAGGGUUGACUUCAGUCAAGACCUACAAUGUAAAGGACGGUUUGAAACCAUGUGUACAUACCGGUGUGUCAAACAAGUCAUAUACCAGCGCAGAUUUACCCUAUUAUAAGGAUCGUGUUCGCGGUGCUUGUUUACCAAGGGAUAGGGGAAAUGUGAAUAUUAAUAUUAGAGAUGAUGAUGAUGAAAAAUACUUUAGGUAUAAUAACCGUAAUAACACCAGAUUGAGGGCAUUUGGAUCACGGUCACGUGCUGGAUAUAGAAGAAUGAGGAAAAUGAUGCCUUCUAGAUACUGGAAAGUAGCACGAAAGCUGCACGAGUAUGAACUCCAAAACGGCACCAGUGGCAGAGUUAAAUCCUUUUACCAUAAAAGGAAAAAGAUAUGCAUGAGAGAAUGGUUUCAAGCCGAUGCUGCCGUUAAAAGGAGGAAGUUGUUUCAUAAUAGCUCUAAAAAUUCAUAUAUAAAGGAGGCAAGUAACGAAAGCAUGUCAAAUCUAGUGAAAUUUAGCAUUAAGUCCUUCAAAGUUCCAGAAUUGUACGUUGAGGUCCCCGAAACUGAAACCGUCGGCUCCCUGAAGAGGAGUGUGAUGGAAGCUGUCAAGGCGAUUUUACAUGGUAAAUUACAUGUAGGGGUAGUUGUUCAAGGGAAGAAAGUUAGAGAUGACAACAGAACGCUACAACAAUCUGGGAUUUCCCAAAAUUGUAACCUUGAAACUGUAGGGUUUACAUUGGAGUCUAGUUUACCUGAAGUUUCUCCGUUUCUUGCUCGGGAAGAAACUCCAUCAUGCAACGCGCAGCAAUGGCUAUCUCGUCCUAUUAUUGAUGGGUGUUUCUCAAGUUCUUCAUCGGGUCCUCCGCCUCUGGCAACUAGUUUGGACAACCAUCUUGAGAAGAACGAAGAAAGUACAACUUUUGCAGCUGAAGGUACAGAAGUUAUGACACAAGAACCGGUGGAAGAUUCCAAAGCUCUUGUGGUUGUUCCGCCGCUAGAUGCUGAGGUACUCUCGGUGGUCCCGUUCAGUGAAAAAUCGAGCAAACGAUAUGAAUUUUCACAAAGGAGAACAAGAAGACCGUUUUCUGUAUCAGAAGUAGAAGCACUUGUGGAAGCUGUUGAAAUCCUUGGAGCUGGAAGAUGGCGUGAUGUUAAAAUGCGUGCUUUUGGUGAUGCAAACCAUCGGACUUAUGUCGACUUGAAGGAUAAAUGGAAAACAUUGGUUCACACAGCAAGCAUCUCGCCUCAACAAAGAAGGGGAGAACCCGUGCCUCAGAAUCUUCUAGACCGCGUACUGGUUGCACAUGCGUACUGGUCUCAGCAUCAAGCUAAGCAACCCGCGAAGAAUCAGAAGCCUCUGGAGGCUCAAAUGUAAAGUUAGAGAUGAUGUCGAAAAAUAUGGGGGGGGGGGGGUAUGGGAUGUUAGGAAUCUUGAUUCAUUUGGUGGUCUGUAAAUUUGUCGGGAGUGGAAAUAAUGGCAAUCUAACGCAAACUGUAUGUAAGAUUGCUCGUCUGAUUUAGUAGAUACCUUUGUGCAUUUUGUAAAUUUCCUAAUGUAUUUUAUUUCAUUUCGAUGCUUCGUUAGCGUAGAUGCU